AUUUCCUCAUUCCUAGUCAUGUGAAUGAAUAACAUCAAUAUGUAUCUAUACUGUGAUUGAAUGCUGGAAAUUUUACGUGUUCCUACAUAUAUAAUAAGCAGAUGUAUACAAUAAACAUUAUUUUACUAUUAUUCAAUAAAUAAACACAUGAAACUGUUUCUUUUAACAAAAGUGGAUUAUCAAAUAACUUUAAUGAUAUAAUAACUGAGACUCUUAAACAGCGAACUAUUGUCAUAAUAUGUAGUGAUGUAUAUUAUUAUUAUUUGUCAUCAAAAUUUAAAAAAAUGAAUUCCUAUCACGCAUAUCAUCAUUAUAGUUUCAACAGUUGGCCUACAGAACGCACAAGAAGAAUUAAACAAACAAAUAUACAAAUCCUAAUUACUUUUAAUCAUAAUGUGAAAUAGAAAGGAAUUAAAGCUAAUAUUCUUGCAAAAAGUAUUCUUACUGUCCAACCGGAAAUAUAGAAUUACAAUUUGAAUUCAAUUAUAAAUCCUUUAAAAGAAAAUCUCUAGUCAUCCUUUGAAUUUCAAGUUUCAAUUAACUAGAAAAAUUGACAACACGACAAACAUGUGCAGCUUCUUCAACUCAUAUUUAUAUUUUAUCAGUUUAAUUCAUUUACCAUAUUAUUUAACACAAACUGACUGGGAUAUUCGAGCCAGUGUUAUCUUUCCUUCACCGCCUUCAUCAACUUCAACAACUCCAAUACCUGUAGUUCCACAUAAAUCAUCAAAACAUAAUGUAGGUAAUGAAAUGAAAAAUGUAGUAAGUGAAAGUAGUAGAACAAACAUACUACAAUCUGUUGAUGAAGUUAUUGAAAAACAAGAAAUCAGAAUAGAUUGUUUGGAAACAUUGCAGAACUGUGAAUCCUUUAGUGGAAUAUGUAAAGUGGAUGUAGAAAUUUUCAAAACAUUUUGUGGAGAUUGGACUGAUGAGCGCAGUUUAAUGGGAUGUCAGCGUAAAUAUUUACGAGAAUGUCAAUCAGCUCUUAAAACAAUGAAUCUCGGACGACCGGGAUUAAAAUAUUGUAUAUGUGAUAGUCGAUCUAGUCGUUCGAUUGAUGACUUAACUAAAUGUAAUCUACUUAGAAAAAAUCUAAACAAUCAUCCAUGUUUGGCUGAACCGCCAAUAUUUCUUCGUGAAUUACAUACUUCUGGAAAUUUUCGACAUGAACCUAAAAAGGAAUUAAAACCAGAAAGUAAACCAACUCAAUCAACAAAUAAUAUGAAUACAAAUAUGAAGCGUCUAAAUACAACAUCACUAUCGGCCGAGCCCUUUGUAUUUUCUAUACCAAUGACUACAGCAUCUCCCAUCACUAUGAAUACGCUAUCUAGUAUGGGAUCAUCUAAUAUUGAAUUAGUUGAUCAGCAUUUGAACAAAAGUAAAGAAAAUACAAGUUGUUUAGAUUUGCUUGAAAAUUGCACUAAAUUGCCUGCAUGUGCUAUUGCACUUAAUAAAUUUCGUGCUUUAUGUACCGUUAGGACUUGCGAUAAGUUGAAAUCACAGUGUUUAGAAGCAUCAAAGAAAUUUCUUCAAUUCAAAACACAUAUGAAUUGUGACUGCAAAAGUGAAAUAAACGAAGACAGGUACCGUAGAUGUUUAGAUUAUAAAGAGGCUGUAAUUGAUAAUAAAUGUGUUGAAAUCUCAUCAAACCAACAGGUAAACUCAGUUAAUGGAAACGAAAUGGAAUAUUCUUUUGUAAAUAUGAAUUUUGAAAAAAAUUUGGUAACUAUUCCAGUUUCAUCAGACUAUCAUGCAGCCGUUCAAAAUAAUUCAAAAAAUUUAGAAAAUGACACAUUACCAGUAUCAUACCAGUCACACUUUAUCACUUCUAAUAUUAGUGGUCAAACGUUAAACGAAUUAACUGAUAUAGAAACAAUUGUUUCUGAAACAUGGGAUAAUAAUAUGGAAUGUUAUUCAAUAUUUUAUGAAUGUCUUCAUGAACCUGUUUGUCUUCAACAUUUUGUAAAUCUACGUUAUGGAUGCGCACAAAUGAAUAGGCAGUUUAAUGCCUGUAGAAAUCCGAAUCAGUGCAUAAACUCAUUAGAACGUUUUUACAAGGAAACCAAUUCUCUGGUAAAUAAAGCCAUUUCAUGCACUUGUACAGUUAAUGAUUUGGAUUGUCAGCAGAUGCAGAACGUAUUUGUACCUAGAUGUAUUCGUCAGUCAUAUGAACUGAGAAUGGAUUGCUAUCAAGCAUGGGUUAAAUGUCAGAAUGAUCCAGUUUGUAGGACAAGUUAUGAUCUGCUAGUUUCAGAAUGUCAAACUUCAAAUGGACUUUGUCACUUAAAUCCUUCUGCCUGUUUAAACUCUUACCGAAGAUUAUGGAGUGGUCCAUGGGCUGGUGGUUGCAGCUGUGAAGUAACACGACCAAAGCUAAAUCCAUCGAAUAAUGUGUUAACAGGAUGCAGUGAAUUCGGUAGAAUUUUAACACAACCUCCCUGUGUUGAAAUCACUCCCAAAACACAUCAACCAGAAAACCCAGCUUUAACUCAUAAGCCAUUAUAUUGUACAAUGAUGAAAAAAUUACAAAUACCUUCUGAAGAUUUUGUCAGAAUGCCAUCUUUGCAUGAUUAUCAAGAAGAAGGACAGUUUGCACGAAAUUGUUCUUUACUAUGCAAUUGUCACGUUGGUUGUCGAUAUGAAAUGUGUUAUGGAACAGAGAUAAAAAUUUGGCAUGCUUAUUCUUUAACUAAUCGUACUAGUCAAAAUGUUACUUUUCCAACACGAAUACAAACAAUCAAUAUUUACCAACCAAAUUUAUCUUUAGGUUGUCUUUAUCUACCAAAAUUUAAUCGUCACUGUACAUGUUAUGCAAAUGAUCAAGUUGUCUGUAAUGUAUUCAGUCUGAAAAAUCAAUAUUUUGUAACAGGUUAUAAACUGUUGAUUGAUUUCGAUGUGAAAAUGUAUUCUACAACAAUCGAUUUGUUGGCGGAUGAUAAAUCACUUUCAGAAUAUGAAUUUUACGGAAGUAUUGUUCAACUUGAAUUUCUACUAACCAAUUUCCUGGCACAUUUAUUUGGACAGGAAAGUUGUCGGUUGAUAUUAUCUGCAUAUCAAACAAUCGAUGAUAAACAUCUCUGGUCAAAACAUCAUUCAAGCAACAGUAAUUCCAAUAAGUUAUUAAAGCGUUUAGAAUAUCUACUGGCAAUCAAUUUAGAUACAUCUUUUCCGACAGAAAACAAGACAUCUUUAUGCAUUAAUCUAUUAGAAGUUUUAACUAUCAUGAUCAAUGAUCAAUAUCCACAAAUAAGAUAUCAUAUUAAAUUUUCAACAUUUCAAAAAAGUAUUUUAAAAGCACCAGGAUUUAAUGAAUAUUAUGAUUUAGAUAAAACUUUUGAUAAAACAUAUCGUUUAAAACAAUUACAACUUAAACAUCAACAACGACAAGAACAAGAAACUCAAGCUUGGAGGCAUAUAAGAACAUCAGUACAAAUGCAAAAUAAUAAUAAAUUAGAAAAAAAUAACUCAUAUAAAACGUAUAUUUUAAAUUUUUCCAUAUGUAAUAUAUUAUUGAUUUUUACUAUUGUCUACCAAUUUUGUUUUUUUUUUAAGUAGUACAUUCAAUGAAUGAACAGUGUAGUUUAAUUCUACAAUUCCAUUUAGAUUAAGUAAAAGAGUAUAAUUAAUAAAAUAAGAUUUUCGAAUCAUCUUUGUGAUGUCUAUGAAUGUAUACAUAUGUCUUUUGAAUAUAUUAGCUUUCAUUUUCAAUGUAUAUUAUUGUCAAUUUAUGUGCUUUGAUGUCUUGUCUUAACAAUAAGCUUACAGAUUUUAUUUUUUAUGAAUAUAAAGAAGUAAAAAAAAAACGUGUAUUACAAUCUGAUGAUUUAUCAUUCCAUUGAUUGAAUUGUUCUGUUUACUCAUUUUGAAUACCCAUCAUGUACUCUGCUAAUUUAAUGUUUUUUUAAAAAAUGUUCCUUUCAUAUUGAUUUGUCAGAUUGAAAAAACAAAAACUAUGCUUGAAUAUACAUAUCCUAAUUGCAAAUUUUAUAUUACCUGUACAAAAUGAUAUGAAUCUUUUGUGUGUGUGUGUGUGUAUUUGUAUCCAAGGUUAUAUUUUAAUGUGUUCUCCGUUUGCCUAUGAUUUUUUUUUGUUUUUAUACACUGCAUUUGUAAAACUAUUUCAUAUGUACGUUCAGAAAGAAAAAAAAGAUGAUGUAAUUAUAUAAAGCAAUGAUAAACUACUAUAUGACGUAAAUAAGUAAUUCAUUAAAACACUUUGCUAUUGUUUGAUAAGUUUCUUUUCUUUUGAUUAUAUAUAGACCAUAUUUUAUUGGCAAAAAAUGAUUGUUUUGUUCUUUAUUGUUCUUUAUUGUUUCUCUUUUGCUUUGAUUUUUAUCAAAUAAAUAAUUAGAUCUUAUUCAUUUCCUUUAAAGUUAGUAUUCCGUAGAAGUGCAAAUGGUUUGGUUUAUAAGAAAGUAAACAUAAAUUUGUUUCAUUAUUGAUUUAAAUCCUUUUUUGAAUUACUUUCUUUAUUCAUGGAAUGGAACAAAGUACCACCUGAAAGAAGUCUUGAUUAAUAUUUCUACCUCAUGUUUGUUUGUUUUUGUUUUGUUUUGGAAUAGAAAAGAAAUACUUCAUUUUACCGGUUCAUUUAUGUAUUUGUUUAUGUAAAUUGUAUGUGUUUGUUAUUGUACUGUGAUAUGUCCUAAAGCACCAUACCAAAAUAUAUAUAAGAUUAUGUGUGA